AAGAGUUACAAUACCAUAAUAAAAACUGGAAUCAGGAAUAAUCUUCAAAACAAGUUAUUGUUCAGAUAAAAUCGUGUAAAAAUGUAUUCAGUCAUAAAUGUAUUAAAGUUUGGGGAGGAUUUAGAAAAACCUGCUUCAUCCAUGUGAACUUUACCAGUUAUGAUCAUAAAAGUUACCCUCGUGUUUGUAUAUUUAAAUCCAGCUCCUGAGUCUGGCACUAAGCGUCUGGAUCUGUGCGCUAUCCGGUGUUUUGAUGUCUCGAUCGGUGGAAGCGCAAGCGACAAGGAAGGAGAAAAAGUUUGUCACCUCGACACAUUAUAGUUGACUGAAGCCUCACACUCACACAACCUCUUCAAUACACUCCCACUGUCCACAGAGUGUGUUUUCAUCCCCUACGUGCGCACCAGGAGGCAGCGAGCUGUGGAGAGGAGGAUGUCUCACAGACUGAUGUGCCAGGGAAGAUUGUGCUGCUUUUUACCUGACGUGUUAUUAUUACAGGGUUGUGUGAGUCCAAAUAGCUUAUUUUACUUUAAGAAUGAUGCAGAUAACACAAAGCAACUGUAUAAAAUAGUUUUUUUUAAAUUAUUGUUCACCCAAGACUCGUGCGUAACCAUAUCCACAUGUGAGCCUAUGCAUCCAACAGGCCCAGGUGUUGACUCACAGUCCAUAUGAUAUGUUCCUUCUGUUUAUUUUCUUAUUUUGAAGAUUUUAUAUAACUUCAGAUUUAGUGGAGGGUGUCAGGGUUGUGAUGUGGCACCUCAUGCUGUACGUCAGGACAAGGUUCAAUUGGCACAUUAACGGGUCUUCGGGGAUCACACAGACACCUUUUAGCCGUGCAGCCAUUAAUAGGUGAAUGACACAUCAAAGCCACGCGCUAGGGUGCGGUUCGUUGCGGGAUGGGGGUGCGGGGGUCGUUUUUGUCUGUCAAGCAAAGUAUAAAAACCUCUUAAGCUCUAUCAGUGUUCACCAGUGCCCAGGAGACCUGCGGGGACAUACUGCUGCUUCACCUUUUGCUUGAAGUCCAGAGAAGAAACCAAAAUGGCAUUUGGAUCGGAUUUUACUUGCACCAAUGCUUCUGAUAUGCACUCCUUUUACUCGGGACAUUAUUGGCCCACUUCAGGCCUGGAUGUAAACAACAUCGACGACGAUUACGCACAGGAUCCAAAGCGAGGUGAGUGACUGAAAACCCUAAAUUUCAAAACUCGCUCAGGCACCAGAGAUAAUCAGAAUAUACUGCAUGUGUUGUGCUUAAAUAAUAUACAUUUCGGUUUGUGACGUCUAGUCUAAUCCACCGUCAUUGUGCACCAAGUCGUUCUUUGAGCCAAAUCUAGUUAUUUUCUGCAUCCUAAAUCUCAAAUCCUAUUUUAGAGAUAAUAAAAGCGAUUCAAUACAAUAACAGUUAUCUAACAUGUUGUUAUCUCCCUGUAGUUCAUCACGAGGCCUCUCACAGGCACUGCUUGGACACCCAGCGCCGCCGGAAGCGCACGACAUUCAGCAAGGCGCAGGUGAGCGAGCUGGAGACGGCCUUCUCUGUCACACACUACCCGGACAUCAAAAUGAAGGAGUCCCUCGCCUCUGUCACUGGACUGCCAGAGUCUAAAAUCCAGGUCUGGUUUCAAAAUAGACGCGCACGCUAUUUCAAGAGCAAGAAGCCAUCCAGAGUGGUUCCUACAGGCACCACCGGAACGGGGAACUUUCAUCCCCAAAACACAUACCUUCCAGCCCCCAUCACACCGCUGUCUCCCGCUUUCUCCCCCACACCCAGCCUCCAGUCUCCGCUAGGCUACCCUUCUUCAAGUUUACCCAGCCUCCCGUCUCCUCCAGGCUACCCAGCGCCAAGUUUGCCCCAGUCCACCCGGCUCUCCACCAUCCUGGGGUGUCAGGCCAUGUCCCUACGCGCACUCACAUCUCCAGUCGCCGCAGACCAAGUUCCCCAAGACCAUUACUACCAAACCCCGGACUCCACAGACUACAGCGACUUCGCGUCCCCACACGGUGGUCUCAGCGAGUGGGACUUCACGGAGGAGUCUUUUCUUGGAGAUGCACAGGGCUCCCAGCCCGCGGGCAGCCGCUGCGGUGCGGACAUUCAUCCACGACCGAGGCAGAACGUCCAGAGUCAGCGGCUUCACCACCACCGGAGCUCCUGUAGCACCGACCAGUCCCCGGACGACCUGUCCGACCUGUGCCUCCAGGACCUGGGCGACUUCAAUCUGUCCGAUCUGGAAAUUUCUGCAGCAAUGAUCGAUUAUCUUCUGGGAUGAUUGAUAGAGAUCGCACUGUAACAUGGAGAGGAGUAGAUUAAUAAAUGUAUGGACCUGGAUGUUUGCAUACGGUUAAGUGUAUUAUAAGGAAAUUACAAAUAAAAAAAUAUAUAUAUAUCAAAAACCCAUCAUAUAUGUCUGACUUUAUACAUAAUAAGUAAUAACGAACUGUGUCGUCACGUGGCGCCGUGGCUUAGUUGGUUAAAGCGCCUGUCUAGUAAACAGGAGAUCCUGGG